AAAACAAGGGAUAUACCAGGUGUGUAUAAUCGGUGGGUUGUUUUCGGGACCAAACGCGCCCCUUAGACGCCACUUCUCGCUCUCGUCCUUUUCCUCCGCCCAAAACUUUUCAAUGUACGGUGGUCAAUCCAAGCUCGGUCGGGGCGGCGCCGGCGCCGGAAGAGGUGCCGGAGCUAAGCGACUUAGUUCACCCUUUCCUAUGCCUCCCCCUCACCGUUCCUCUGCGUCAGCUGGGGCCGGACGCCUCUCACUUGGUGGCUCCGCCUCAACUUCCAAUCCCCGAAACCGCGCGUCCGGAGCAAUUGCUCCGGCGCCGGCCGUUGAAGAGUCAUUUAGCUUAGUGGCGGGCAAUAACCCGCCUGCUUUUGCCAUGAUCAUUAGACUGGCGCCCGACUUGGUCGAUGAGAUCAGGCGUGUCGAAGCCCAAGGCGGAACCCCCCGUAUCAAAUUCGGCACCAUAGCUAAUAAUCCCAACGGAAAUGCUAUUGAUGUUGGUGGGAAGGAGUUUAGGUUUACGUGGUCAAGAGAAUUUGGUGAUAAGUGUGAUAUUUACGAAGAACGGCAAAGCGGUGAAGAUGGAAACGGUUUGCUUGUUGAAUCUGGGGCAGCAUGGCGCAAGGUAAAUGUGAAUCGAUUUUUGGACGAGUCCACUGCGAACCAUGUUAAAAUGCGUUCAGAGGAAGCUGAACGCAAGCAUAAAUCACGCAAGGCCAUCAUCUUAGACCAUGGGAACCCAUCUAUGAACAGCCAAAUAAAGAAGAAGCUAGCUGCUGCUGAGACUACCCCGUGGAAGCAUUUCAAACAGAAGAAAGAGCCUCCAUCUAAGAAAAGGAAAAUUGAACCACCUCCAGUUGGAGGUCCUCCCAAAUCUGUGUACAAACAUGGGAUAUCAUCCACAGCUACCAUCAAGGGCAGACCCUCAUCAUCUCCACUUCCAUCUCCCCCAGAGCAAUUUGGUCCUGUAGCAUCUCCGUUAAGAACUGUAAAUAUUUCCAAAAGUCAAACAAGUGUAGAUGUUAUACCCAAUCAAAUGACUGGUAAAGACAAAGCUGUUGCUAACUCUGACAAGGAACUCCCAGCCAAGGCUAACAGUGUAGCACGGGAAAUGGUGGGACGUAAAAGCAGUAUUGGAUCUAAUUCAGUGGAUUUGCAGAGUAUGCUGAUUAAUUUGCUAAUGGAUAAUCCAAAGGGGUGUACCUUGAAGUUUCUGGAGAAAGCUGUUGGGGAUUCAGUUCCAGCCUCAGUUAGGCAAAUUGAAGCCAUUAUGAAGAAAAUUGCAACUUUCCAAUAUCCUGGAAAAUAUCUCUUGAAACCAGGAGUGGAGACAGGAAGCUCCAAAAAACGUUCGCCUGAUAGUGGAAGUUCUCCAGAUGAGAACCUUCAUCAGAUACCCGCUCCUGAAGACAAGCAUAAUCAGACACUUGAGUCAGAAUUGGAUUUUAAAGACAAAGUCCCAUCUCAGGAAUUUGAUGAGCAAGGACAGUCCAACUGUAAGCUUGGAGAAGAGCCUAAUGAGUUAGAAAAAAUUGAUAUCCAGCAGCAUUCACCUGAUCUUUUUGGUGAAAAAAAGGUCUCUGACAAUGAAGGGCAUGUAGGCAGUUCUAGUGAUAGUGGAAGUGACAGUGAUAGUGAAAGUGACAGCAGUGACAGUGAAAGUGAUACCGGGAGCCCCAGUAGAAGCAGAAGCAAAAGUAAAAGCCCAGUUGGCAGCGGGAGUGGGAGUAGUAGCGAUAGUGAUAGUGAUGCGUCUUCCAACAGUAAGGAGGGUUCUGAUGAGGAUGUGGAUAUUAUGACGAGUGAUGAUGACAAAGAGCCCAAGAAUAAAUUGCAAUCUGAACCUGUAUUUUCUAGAUCGCCCAUUCCAUUGAGAAGUCCUGAUGGCAAGCCCAUUCAGGGCGGUAAUGAUGAGAAGCAAGAUGAUCAUGAAUCAGAGGCUGUUGAGAUAGAGAAAGAUGGGCCUGAUGGCAAACAGGAGACUGAAAUAGAUGUAGUUGGUAUGUCUGCUCCUUCCAAAUAUGAUGAGAAACCUGUAGAAAGAACUAAUAGCUUUUCGCCUGAUCAUGAUAAGCUUCAAAACCAUCAAAAUUUUACAGGAAGUUUGUUUGAUGAAGGGGGCAAUGUUGUUAAGGAUGGCUCUAGGUAUGAACAAUCAGAUAGCUCUGAGAGGAUGUCUAAAGGAAAACACAAAAGGGGUGCGGAGGUAAAACACUCAGAUAACAAGUUUGAGAGGGGAAAAAGGUCAAAAACAGAAAAGUCAUCCGAACCUCCUGUUUCUGGUAGUAGGGAUGCCCACUACCAGGAGAGUUUCCACAGAUUGCCUUCUGACAGACUUGUUGAAGACCCUAAUAGGGGAGCCAUCGUUCAAGCCAUAAAUGGAGCUGAUAGGGAUGUGAAUGGUGAACUGACUUCACAGAAAGUAAAUGACCAAACAUUUUCUGGAAAAUCCAGUGCAGAUUUCCAGCAAUCAAAUCGAAGGUCGUUUGAACAAAGUGCACCAGCAAAGGCUCUCGAUUCAUCAGAGAAACCUCAUAAUGCUGAAAGCAUGGGACGCAUCCGUAAACAUUCUGACAAGAGUUCUCACGUUCAUGAAGAUUUCCCUUCACAAAAGUCUAAAUUUCACAAGGAUGCUCAUUAUGAGGAUGGUUAUGCUAUUGAGAAAAAGGUUUCAAGAAAUUUGAAGGAAAGUGGUGUGAGUGGCAAACAGUCGGUGUCCUUGGAUUUGCAUCAUAGGAAACACAGUGGAGGAGUUGGGAAGUUUAAGGAUGGUGGACAGGUUUCUGGCUCAUUUUUGGGUACUUCACCUAAUGAUAACAGAGCAGUUGCUGAGAGAUCCCCUGCUGUUAAUGGGAGAGGCAGUAGACUCCAACGAGAGCAUUCAGACUUGGAGUUAGGUGAACUUCGUGAGCCCCUACCUGAGGAAACACCUGUUAAAAGGCAAUUUGAUAGAAAAAGCUCGUUUAAACAGUCAGAGAAUAAACUAAGCGCUUCAGACAACUGGAACUCAGAUAGUAAAGGGAAGCCUGCAGGAAAGGCAACUUUACUUUUGCUAAAAUCCUCUUCACCCGACCAGAAUGCCAAGGUUCCAAGCAAUUUGGAAGGCUCAAAUAAAAAGAGGAAUCAUGAAGACCGUGCUGAAGAUUCAAUACGGUCUCAACAGAGGGUUGCACAAUCUCAACCGCAGUACCAUUCAAAAGUAGACAAUGCCGAAUUUCCUCAGUCCGGCAAAGUAGAGACAAAUGGUAAUUCUCGACAAAAUGAUGGAGUGAAAUUUGGGAAUAAUCUGGAAGGUUAUGGAGAAAGUAAUAAGAAAGCACCUGCUACUCAGCAGUUUGAAACCAGACGGGGAGGACAAGUUUCCCACUCCAUAAAAGAAACGAAAAAAGGCACAUCUAAUACAGUGGCAGAAUUAACUGAUGGACGAAAUGAGUCAAUUUUGGCAGAUGGCAAUAAUAGUGAACGAAAGAGAAGAGAUUCCUCCUCAGAUGAAAAUAGCUGUUCUUACUCUAAGUAUGAAAAAGAUGAGCCAGAUCUCAAGGGACCAAUAAAAGAUUACUCUCAAUACAAGGAGUAUGUGCAGGAGUAUCAUGACAAAUAUGAUUCUUACUGUUCCCUCAACAAGAUACUAGAUAGUUACAGGAAAGACUUUGAUCAACUUGGAAAGGACCUUGAGUUUGCUAAAGGCAGGGAUAUGGAGAAAUAUUAUAACAUCUUGGAGCAACUGAAGGAUUCAUAUCGCCAGUGUGGGACGAGACACAAGAGGCUGAAGAAAAUAUUUGUGGUGCUUCAUGAAGAAUUGAAGCACCUUAAGGAGAGGAUUAAAGAUUUCGCUGUUUCUUAUGCAAAAGAUUGAAGAGAAGAGAGAGCUGAAUCCUAACUUAUCAUUUAUUUUCAAAAUUGGACGGGUGCUUUGAAGAUGAUGGAACCUGGUCACAGUGUUAUCUUCUCCAUAUGAAAUUGGUUCCCUUGUCCAGUCCAGUGGAGCUGCAGCUGCAGUAGCAGGUGCAGCUUCAGCCCCAGGAAGAACCUAACAGAGCCCGGCCCGACCCGACCCAACCCAACUCAUCUCAAUGUGUACAUUCAACUUUCUGUUUUUGUACAUUUCUUUCUCCAAGUAGUUGUACCUUUGGGAUCAGGCUUUUUGUUUUUGUUUAGCCUGACCUUGUUUUUGAUCGUCUGGUUUUGGACUUUACCAUUUUUGCUGAGUAUUGUUUAUACUUUUGUCUAUUUUGUGAAUUCACGAGGCAGGAGUUUGGAGAGGAUAAUAGGAGUCAUGUCCAUGUCCAUGUUUAUGUAAAAAAAUUUUUUUUGAGAGAACCAACUCAUCCUCACAUUUGCCUUUUUUUUUUAUUUUUAAUAUAAAUGUACUUUGUGAAAUUCACAAGUAUUUACACUCAAUAA